GCCAUCUAUUACAAAUUUGUCCCCCUAGAAAAUGCUCGGAACUCUCUGCAGUUUUCUUCCCAAUUGAAACGACUUCUGUUUGCACCAUAACUCAAAUGACCAUUGCCUCUAGAGCUCUCUUUCUCUUCCACAAAUCAAUCACAAUAGCAAGCACUCUAACAACACCAAAACCCCAAGAUUGGAGAAUUCAAUUCGAACAAACCCAAUUAGUUUCCCAAAUUUCAUCUAUUCUCUUGCAAAGACAAACAAAUCAUUGGCCUUCACUUCUCAAGAACCUCAAACUCUCUUCCUCACAACAAUUAACUCCAUCUCUCUUCCUUCAAAUACUUCACAACACCCAAACAAACCCACAGGUCUCUCUACACUUCUUUCACUAUGCAAAAAACAAUCUUGAAUUCCAACCUGAUAUUAAAGUUCUUUGUACACUUGUAUAUAUACUUCUCGGGUCAGGACUAUCCAAACCCGCAAAGCCCAUAUUGGAUUCUCUCAUUCAAACAUACCCACCACCCCAAAUUGUUGGUUUCUUGAUUCAAUCAUUGAAUGUUGCUGAAAUUGACACUCAGUCUUUAGUGUUGAGCUCGGUUCUUGAAUGUUAUUGCAAUAAAGGUUUGUUCUUGGAAGCUCUUCAGGUUUAUCAAAUAGUUAGAGAAUAUGGUUGUUUGUUGUCUAUUAAUUGUUGUAAUACUUUGCUUAAGUUGCUGUUUAGCAAGAAUGAGUUAAGACUGGCUUGGUGUUAUUAUGGUUCUAUUAUUCGUAAUGGGGUUCAGGAAAAUGUGGUUACGUGGUCUUUAAUUGCUCAGAUGCUGUGUAAAGAUGGGAAAUUUGAGAAAAUUGUUGCUAUUCUUGAAAAGGGUGUAUGUAGUCCUGUUAUGUAUAACUUACUGAUAGAUUGUUACUCUGAGAGAGGGGAUUUUGAAGCUGCAUUUGGUUAUUUAAAUGAGAUGUAUAGGAAAUGUAUUGAUCCCAGUUUUAGUACUUUUAGCUCAAUUCUUGAUGGUGCUUGCAAAUAUCAAAACGCCGAAGUGAUUGAAUCGAUGAUGAGUUCCAUGGUGGAAAAAGGAUAUCUCCCGAAUGUUGUGACACCUGACUAUGAUUCUGUGAUUCGAAAGUUCUCUGAUAUCGGAAAAACAUAUGCAGCUGAAUUGUUUUUCAGGGAAGCUUCUGAAAAAGGGAUUAAGCUACAAGACAAUACUUACGGCUCUAUGCUAAAGGCAUUCUCCAAGGAGGGUAGAGCUAAGGAUGCUAUUUGGAUGUACAACAUUAUACUUGAGAGAAAAAUUUGCAUCAGUGACAAAUGUUAUAGUGCCUUCAUGAGUGUCCUAUGCAAUGAAAAUCCAUCCGAUGACGUUAGCAGUUUGUUGAAAGACUUGAUAGGAAGAGGAUUCGUUCCUCCCAAAUCUCAAGUGUCUAAGUUUAUAGUUUCUCAGUGUGAAAAGCAUAAGUGGAAAGAAGCUGAGGAGCUUCUGAAUGUAAUUCUUCAGAGAGGAUUCCAGUUUGAAUCUUUUUGUUGUUGCUCUUUGGUGCGGCACUAUUGCUUUAGCAGAAGGAUUGAUUCUGCCAUUUCUUUACAUAGUGAAUUAGAGAGACUUGGUGUUGCUUUAGAUGUAAAGACCUACGGUAUACUACUUGACAAACUGUUUAAAAUAAGACGGUAUGAAGAAGCUCUAAGGAUCUUCGAUUACAUGAGAACUCAUGACAUGUUAAGCAGUGAAAGUUUUUCAAUCAUGAUUAGAGGGCUAUGUCAGGAAAAGGAAUUUAGAAAAGCAAUGAGACUACAUGAUGAGAUGUUGAAAUUGGGGCUUAAACCUGACAAAAAGGCAUAUAAGCGUUUGAUUUCUGGGUUUGGCUAAAUAAUACAUUUUUGCCUCAUUUAUAUUUUAUCCUUUCACUUACUAUACAUACUGUACAGCAUGGCUGCUCACCUGAGAGUAGAUCUUGGUGAUGCUCGCUUUCGGUAAACAGCAUACAAUGAGAAAUGUGAAUUUAUCCUUUACUUACAUAAAGCUGCCAAGUUGGUAGGUUACCGACUACUCAUCUUGGAUUGCAUUGGGGGCUAAGCACAAAGCUGAUAGCAUCUGGGAAGGAGUGAUGGAGAAAUGUGAAAAAAGGUUAACCAGGUGGAAGAAACAAUAUGCGGGAGGGAGAUUGAUUCUUAUUAAUAGUACUAGUUUCUCUACACGUGCGUUGCAUGUGUAUCUCCAGUCAUGUAGUAUACUAUUCUGUAAAAUGAUACUAUGUUUAGAUAAAAUUUAGUAAUAAUUAGACAUUAUAAAAUAAUGUACAAAUUUAUGUAAAUGAUCAUGUGGACCUUCACAU